UUUUUGUUCCUUUUGGACCCCUAGUAAAUCACCCCAGUGAGUGAGGCAAUCUGAGUGAGAAGAAAGACGAUGUUAAGAGCGACGCAUUUCCCUCCCAUAGCAUCUCCUACUCUCCUUGUCCUUAGGAAAUGUUUCAUUCCCAUCCUCUCCAUCUCUUCCUUCGCUUCUUAUCCUCUUCAUAAACUCUCCUCUUUUUCUGCUUUUCACUCUUUCUUCUCACCUUCCCGCCCUUCUCUUCCAUCUCUAUCUCUCACUCAAUCAUCUCCCAUGCUGGGUCAUCCCCAUCUCAGACUAUCAGCUUCAUUUAACUCCGAGAGUAGCUAUGGAGAUAACAGAGAAAUAUUGGUGCAGCACUUGCUUUUAAAAGAAGAUGACCAGAAGCUCUUGUUGGAGCUACAACAGAGAAUUGCUGGAGGGGAGGAUUUAAGUGACCUUGCCGUUGAAUACUCAAUUUGUCCAUCCAAACAAGAGGGGGGAAUGCUUGGAUGGGUGAGAAAGGGACAAAUGGUACCAGAAUUCGAGGAGGCUGCUUUCUGUGCACCUUUAAACAAAGUUGUGAAAUGUAAAACUAAUUUUGGAUGGCACUUGUUACAAGUUCUAUCUGAGAGGGAAGAGUCAUUGCUUAAAGACAUUCAACCGGAGGAGUUUCAUGCAAAAAUGCAAGACCCCAGUUUCAUUGAAGAGGCUCAGUUGAUAGAUGUCCGGGAACCUGAAGAAGUGUCUCAAGCAUCUUUGCCAGGAUUCCAGGUUCUUCCUCUCCGGCAGUUUGGAAGUUGGGGACCAGAAAUAACUAGUAAAUUUGAUCCAACGAAAGAUACAUACGUCUUAUGUCACCAUGGCAUGCGGUCGUUACAGGUUGCCAAGUGGUUACAGACUCAGGGAUUUAGGAAAAUAUUUAAUAUAUCAGGGGGAAUACAUGCGUAUGCAACCAAGGUGGAUCCAUCAGUUCCUACUUACUGAGAUCCUCACAUAUCCAUUGCUCCUAUUUUCAUGUUUUCUUCACAACAUGUGUGUGGUUUCAGGCUCCAUAUUUUUGGGUUUGCCCUCCAUGGUAUUAUAGAGUUAACAUUUCACAAUAAUUAGCAAGUCCAAAACUUGUUAUUGCUUAAUUAUGGUGGUUGUACUGAGUAUUUGGAAUUAAGUGCAUUUCGAAAAAGUUCAUUUUAAAUUCAAUAAAUAUGUAAAUUUUAUUAAAA